UAACAGCAGCUGAUUCGCGUGGUUCUAUUAGCCAAAGGCCUAUAAAGCUGCUUAUCUGAAACUGAAAUCAUAUCAGUUCUGUAUACUCGUCUUAGUUACAUCAUCAACCAAGAAAAACUAACUUUCAUUAUGUCUGAUUCCGAAGAAGACCAAACCGCUCUUGUGUGCGAUAAUGGAUCUGGUUUGGUAAAGUCCGGCUUUGCUGGUGAUGACGCACCAAGAGCUGUUUUCCCCUCAAUCGUUGGUCGGCCCCGUCAUCAGGGUGUCAUGGUCGGUAUGGGACAAAAAGACAGCUACGUUGGUGACGAAGCACAAAGCAAGCGAGGUAUCUUAACCCUGAAAUAUCCAAUCGAGCACGGUAUCAUCACCAACUGGGACGACAUGGAAAAAAUUUGGCAUCACACUUUCUACAACGAGCUCCGUGUUGCUCCCGAAGAACAUCCGACUCUUCUAACCGAAGCCCCACUUAACCCAAAGGCUAACCGAGAAAAGAUGACCCAGAUCAUGUUUGAAACCUUUAACGUACCUGCUAUGUAUGUCGCCAUCCAAGCUGUGCUCUCCCUCUACGCAUCUGGUAGAACUACAGGAAUUGUUAUGGAUUCUGGUGAUGGCGUUUCCCACAACGUUCCGAUCUAUGAGGGUUACGCACUUCCUCACGCAAUCGCAAGGUUGGAUUUAGCUGGCCGAGAUUUGACCGACUACCUCAUGAAGAUUCUUACAGAAAGAGGAUACUCAUUUGUCACUACAGCUGAACGAGAAAUCGUUCGAGACAUCAAAGAAAAACUUUGCUAUGUCGCUCUUGACUUUGAGCAAGAGAUGGCGACCGCUGCGUCGUCAACUUCCUUGGAAAAAAGCUACGAACUUCCCGAUGGUCAAGUUAUCACUAUUGGAAACGAACGAUUCCGAUGCCCGGAGACUCUUUUCCAACCAUCGUUUAUCGGUAUGGAAUCUGCUGGUAUCCAUGAGACAACCUACAACUCCAUCAUGAAGUGCGACAUUGACAUCCGAAAGGAUCUUUACGCCAACAACGUCCUCUCCGGAGGUACAACCAUGUACCCUGGUAUCGCUGACCGAAUGCAGAAGGAGAUCACUGCUCUCGCUCCCAGCACCAUGAAGAUCAAGAUCAUUGCUCCUCCAGAGAGGAAAUACUCCGUCUGGAUCGGAGGAUCCAUCCUCGCUUCUCUCUCCACCUUCCAACAGAUGUGGAUCACCAAGCAAGAAUACGACGAAGCCGGCCCAUCUAUUGUCCACCGAAAAUGUUUUUAAUUUAUAAACGAAUAAAUUUUUGCUCAACCACAAAA